CGCCACUCCUUCUGUGACGCACAGCUCACGCUACGGUACGCCAUUUGUGUCUAGCAGCAAAAAAGCGCGCACCGCGGAAAUAAUCGCAUAACAAUGGGAUUUUGAUGCGGUUUUGAUGAUACCACUGGAUUUCACAUUUGUGCGAAAUUAUCACAGGAUAUGAUAUGGAAAAAAGACGGGUAUUAGGAGAGGGGGAUGUUGAGAGCACAUCAGCUGAAAACGACUCUGUGAAGGUGCCGCCAGAUGACUUGGAGAUGGAAGAAACCACAGGGGUCUCCCUUGGUAGUGCUGGUGAGCUCGAUAAGACGGAAGAGCGUGCUGAGAGGCCAUCGCCCCACAGUGGAUGCGACGAUGAGGAGAACGUUUGCAAACUUUGUGGCUUCUCAACCAUGUACCCGAGAUCACUGAAAACUCAUUACACACGAAAACAUGGGAAAGUGAAUGAUAAAAAUCCUCAACCUCAUGGGCAAAAUGUAAAUAAUCUAAAUGUUAGUGAGGUCCAAGAGGAGGCCGACAUAAAGAGCCAGGAAGACGAUGGGGAUGAAAACCAGGGUCCAGAUUCGAAUCAAGAAGAACCCAACUCUGCCCAAGAGAGAAGAGUGAGCAAGCGGACCCCAAAACCUAAGAUCAUUUAUUCCUGCAACUACUGUGGACACGAGUUUCGGGACAAGUCUCCUCUUGAUGUUCACAUUCAGAGAUACCAUGCCAAAGAUGUGCCUUUAACUUUUGAAUCGGACGAGAAUGCGGGCCGAUCUGAGGAAGCCACGGAGAGUGGCAGCGCUGAAAAGGCGGCGCCAUCAAAACGCGUUCUCGGCCGCUUCCAGGUGCAGUGUCCAAUCUGUGAUUUCAGGGUGGGCAGCACUGCGGUGUUGGAAAGGCACGCUCGUGAUAAACACCCCACCCUAGAGUGGUUCCGCUGCAAAGUGUGCAACUUCUUCGCAGCGACCUCAGAGUGGAUGAAUGCUCACCUGUCGUCCGAGGGCCACAUGGAGCAGCAGAAAGGAACGAGAGCCUCCGAAGUGUCUUCAUUUGAUCAAUGUGUUGAGAAAGUCUACAGAGACGUUGCGGGAGAUGACGAUGUUGUAGGGCAGCUCGAUCAUGUGGUUGCCAAAGAAGGGGAGGCUAGUUUGAUCGAAGAACAGGAAGAAAACGACGAGGGGGCAGAGGCAACGGUGUCCGUGCCGACCGAUGAGGAAGAGGCAGAGCUUGAACCUCCCGCAAAGAAACGAGGAAGACUAAAACAAGGGUCUUCUACCACUUGUGAAUACUGCGGCUUGGUCGUGUCCAACGCCACCAACCUCAGCGUUCAUGUUCGCCGCAAACACAGCAAAGACUAUGGCUACAGCUGCACUCUGUGCAACUACAGCUGUGUGACCAAGGGAGACAUGGAUCGUCACUGUUUUACGAAGAAACACGUGAAAAGAGCGCAACAGAGUUCAAAUAAGAACCCGGCGAGGGACGACACCAGCGUGCCGCUGCCUGAGCCAACCAGCGAACCAGCUACCGCCUCACAGGCUACCGGCACAAAGCAAGAGCACGACGGAGAAGACGGAGACGAAGAGCAAACCGAGUCAGACACAGGCCAGCAAGUAAGCAAGUAUGACUCUGUUAAUGCUUGCAGCCUUUGCGAUUUUGUCGCCCAGUCCAUCCCAUCCCUCCAUCUUCAUGUCAAGAGAAAGCAUACCAAAGAUUUUGAGUAUGUUUGUUUAGCGUGCAGCUACUACGCCGUAACCAGCAGGGAAAUGUAUCGUCAUGCGAGCACUGACAAGCACAAGCAAAAGAGUCAGAUAUACCUGGAACAGCAAAAGAGCAAAGAACAAAGAGCUGCAGAACUUCCUUUAAAAGAGGCCGAGAUCGUUGAUCCUCCUGGGCAGAACUCCAGCCCCGACUGUGAACAUCCAAUCCCCUCGAACGUGUCGGGAUCUGGUGGCAUUGACGGCCCAGCUGCGUCGUCGGUCGCAGCACAGAUUAUCCGUGUUGUGGUCGGUGAAACUGGCAGUGGUGAAGUCGAAGUGCAAGCAACGGCUAAUACGUCUCCUGGCGACGCUGAAGCCGAGUCGACCAACCAGACAGCUGCCGUGGCCGUGGAGCAGGCUGCAGAACUUGAGCUUCCAUUAGACGAGUCUGCUCAUCAAGACCACCAGAAGGCCGCGUGCACUCAAGCAGAAGAGGAGACUUUAAAGGAAGACGUAGCGGUUGUCGAAAUGCAGAUGUCCAAAGCCCCUCCAUUCGACGGCAGUAUUGUGUCCUUCAAGGCCCUCGCAGAGCAGGAGCUAGCACUGCAGGAGGGUCUGGCACCGGAAGGAGAGGCCCCUGUCGUAUGUUUGACUGGGGGAUCAGUGUCAAGCGUCGCGUCCCCCAGCUUGUCGUUCGUCAGAAAGCUCAAAUCCAGGGAAGUGAAGGCGCGGGAAAAAGCCAAAGGCAGCAGCUCUCGCAUCCGCUGCGAGGACUGCGGCUUCAUGGCGGACGGCCUCAGCGGCCUCAACGUCCACAUCUCGAUGAAGCACCCGUCCAAGGAGAGGCACUUCCACUGCCUGGUGUGCGGCAAGUCCUUCUACACCGAGAGCAACCUGCACCAGCACCUCUCCAGCGCCGCCCAUCUGCGCAACGAGCAGAACAGCGUGGAGGAGCUGCCCGAGGGGGGCGCCAGCUUCAAGUGCGUGAAGUGCACCGACCGCUUCGAGAUGGAGCAGGAGCUGUUCAUCCACAUCAAGGAGAAACACGAGGAGCUCCUGAGGGAGGUCAACAAGUACGUGCUGGAGGACACGGAGCAGAUCAACCGCGAGCGCGAGGAGAACCAGGGCAGCGUGUGCAAAUACUGCGGCAAGGUGUGCAAGAGCAGCAACUCCAUGGCCUUCCUGGCACACAUUCGCACACACACUGGAUCUAAGCCCUUCAUGUGCAAGAUCUGUAACUUUGCUACUGCUCAGCUGGGAGAUGCCAGGAACCACGUGAAGAGGCAUCUUGGGAUGCGAGAGUACAAAUGUGACAUUUGUGGAUGGGCCUUUGUAAUGAAGAAACACCUCAAUACCCACCUGCUGGGAAAACAUGGAGUCGGUCAGCGUAAAGAAAGGAAGUUUGAAUGUGAGCUGUGUGACCGCUCCUUCAGCGAAAAGUGGGCCUUGAACAACCACAUGAAACUGCACAACGGGGAGAAGCCGUACAAGUGCAUCUGGCCGUCCUGCCACUACGCCUUCCUGAACCUGUCGGCCAUGAAGGACCACUACAGGACGCACACCGGAGAGAAGUCCUACCUUUGUGACCUGUGUGGCUUUGCAGGAGGCACAAGACACGCCCUCACCAAACACCGGCGCCAGCACACAGGAGAGAGACCCUUCAAGUGUAAGCUCUGCAACUUCGCCUCCACCACACAGUCCCACCUGUCACGGCACAAACGUGUUCACACCGGAGAGAAGCCGUACCGCUGCCCCUGGUGCGACUACAGAUCCAACUGCGCCGAAAACAUCCGGAAGCACAUUCUGCACACGGGGAAACACGAGGGCGUGAAGAUGUACAACUGUCCCAAGUGUACCUACGCCACGAACUCUCCCAUGGAGUUUCGCAACCACCUGAAGGACAGUCACGCCGACAUCGAGAACCCUGACCUGGCGUACCUACAUGCAGGUAUCGUGUCCAAGUCCUUCGAAUGUCGCCUGAGAGGCCAAGGAGCGACGUUCGUGGAGGCAGAGUCCGUGGAAUCCCCCGAGCACAGGAAAGGCUCCUCGGAGGCUUCAGGCCACGAAGAAGCGGUCCAGCAGGUCAUCAUCAUCCAGGGUUACGGAGACGAGGACAUGGUCAUCGACCAGGCCCUGGAGGAGUCGGCCGCCGCCACGCUGCAGACGCUGGCCAUGUCCGGCCAGGUGGCUGAGGUGCUCCACAUCACAGAAGACGGACAGGUCAUCGCCUCAGGCAGGGAGGUGGCGGCGGCGGGGGCCCACUGUGCCGAAGGCAGCACCCAGUACGUGGUGGUGGAGUCCGGGGGCGCCAGGAAGGAGUUGCAGGUGGGUGCGGGCCAGAGCCACAUCGUCUCCGAGUCAUCCACCGCUCUGGACGCCCUGCUCAGCGCCGUCAGCGAAGUGGGCCAUCAGGAGAAAAUGCAAGGGGAGGCCACCGUCGUCCAUCAGCUGCUGACCCCCGAGGUCUCCGAGGCAGCCCACGCCACCGUGGAGGUGAAGCAAGAGCCAGACGAGGAGCAGGUCAUCCAGGAGUCCGGCCACGAAAACAUGCAGGAGGUGCUGAAGGUCGCCGCCUCCCAGAUGAUGAAGGAAGGCCUCACCCAGGUCAUCGUCAAUGACGACGGAACCCACUACAUCGUGACCCAGCUGGAGGACUGCACCCUGCAGGUGGAGAGAGCGGUGUAUGGAGGCGCUGCAGAGGGGGAGGUGGAGGGGGAGGGGGAGGGCCAGCAGGUGGAGCAGCAAGCAGGAGAGGAGAUGGUGGUCUACCUCGAUGGAGCUUCUCAUAACAUUGUCCUGGAGGGCUGAAGCUCACAGAAAUGAGGUUUCCCCGUUCCGAGUUCAGUCAAAGAGUCCUCAGUGUCUCCCCCUAUGGUUCGGUUUGUACAUUACAUCUUUUUGCUCAGAUCUUCAUUAGAGCUAUGCAACAGUCAGGUCAAAGAUCAUUUGUUUCAAGGGACAGUUCAGGAAGGACCUUUUGGUGCUACAUGCGUUGACUCGCAACGCAAACAGCCACCAAGAUUUAUAUGGACAACUUGCUUAUUUCCAUACAACUCAAGCCAAUGGAAUAUGUUUUUAAAGCACCAAACCUGCUCACAGUAAAACAGGCCCAUAGGGAUUUUGCUUUGGAAUGUAACCGUGAUGUUCCCACGAUUUUGUGUAACUGUUCGCAAGAGUCUUGUGUCGGGUCUAAAAGACGAAAACAACUGUUUGAUUUCUGUCUCAUGUCUGACGUCACACAACAGAUGCUUUUGGUUGUUCCUGUGACAAUAUGGCAGCGAGGACUUUGUGUUUCUUUUUUCAUCUCAGUUAAUCUUUUCUCUUACAGAAAAGCUUUGGUUUAAUGUAGUUUCUGUCAAUAAAAAUUGUCUAAUUUUUUUU